GUACCUCAGAUUUUACUUCUUGUAAUCGCAAUCGUGUAAACCAUAAUUUUCCACAUUUCCGGCAUGUCAAAGAGGCGCGUAGCAUAUUACUAUGACGGCGAUGUUGGCUCGUUCACAUACGGACUAGGACAUCUCAUGAAGCCGCACCGCAUGCGCGUCGCUCAUGACCUUAUCACUGCAUAUGGAAUGUUAGACAAGAUGCAUGUUCUGCGGCCAAAACGCGCGUCUGCGAAGACAAUGACCUCCUUUCACACUGACGAAUAUGUCCAUUUUUUGAGCCGGGUGACGCCAGAGACAGCUGAAGAGCUUACGUAUCAUGGAACAAGAUUCUUGAUGGGUGAUGAUAACCCUCCUUUCGAGGGUGUGUUCGAUUUUUGCUCCAUUUCUGCUGGAGGGUCUAUAUGUGCCGCAGAACGCAUCGCAUCCGGCUCAGCAGAUAUCGCAAUCAACUGGGCCGGCGGGCUACACCAUGCGAAGAAGCGUGAGGCGGCUGGAUUCUGCUAUAUUAACGACAUCGUUCUCGGUAUUCUCGAGCUUUUGCGGACGUUUCCGCGUGUUCUCUACGUUGACAUCGACUGUCAUCACGGGGAUGGCGUGGAGGAAGCGUUUUAUACGACCGACCGCGUGAUGACGUGCUCGUUCCACAAGUUCGGAGAGUACUUCCCCGGAACUGGGACACAAGAUGACAAGGGAAAAGGGAAGGGAAAGGGUUAUGCAGUGAAUGUGCCCUUCAAGGACGGUCUUACUGAUGAAGCGUUCAAGAGUGUAUUUGAGCCGGUUGUGGCCAGAUGUUUGGAGGUUUUUAGGCCUUCUGUUGUGGUACUCCAGUGCGGUGGGGACUCUAUAGCCGGGGAUAAGCUGGGAUGCUUCAACAUCACGAUGCAUGGACAUGCACAUUGCGUGCAGUUUAUUCGAAAAAAGAAUAUACCACUCAUCUUGUUGGGAGGCGGAGGGUACACUGUAAAGAAUGUCGCACGAGCGUGGGCAUACGAAACAGCAUGCGCUCUGGGAAUUGAAGACACUAUCGACCCCAAUCUGCCUUGGAACGAGUAUUUCGAGUGGUUUGGUCCACGUUAUCGACUUGAGGUGCUGCCUAAUAAUAUGGAAGAUUAUAAUGUGCGGGAUGGGGCCUUGGAUAAAGUUAGGACUACAGCACUUGAACAGCUUUCAGAAUUAGCAGGCCCUCCCUCUGUGGGUAUGCACGACGUGCCCAGACAAAGCUUAGGACAUCACCUCGGUUUCAGGGGUGAUACGGAUAGCGAAGCGACAGACGAGCUGGACGAGCGUUUAGCACAAUAUUCGCAUUUCGUCUACAAACAGCAAGAAGAAGCGGAAGCGGAAUCAGCAGAAUCAGACGAUGAGGAUGAAUGGGACUCUGAUGGAUCGACGAGAAGCCGGAGAAGACGGCAGAAGUCGCGCAUGAGUAUCGUCAGCAAUAAGUACACGGAUGGCAUCGACGAACAUCUUGGUGGCAAGAGCCGCAGACGGUUCUUCCAGAGUUCUGCGAAAUGGGAUGAGACGCAGCAAUGUUUUCAACUAAAAAACGAUAUGGGGCUGAUGGGACUUGGAGGGAUGUCCGCAUUGAUGGAAGCGGGAGGGCGCAUGAGUCGGAUGCCAUCAGUAGAUGGAGAAAUAAACAUGGACGAGGACAGAGAUUGGGAAGAUAACGUGUCAUUAUGAGAUUAAUAAAAACGUAUGUAUAACUGUACUAUGUAACUUAUUUAACGGUACCGUAGAUUUUCUCAUCGUGGUUAACAAAUGGCAGACAUUUCUGGCACCCUGCACAAAUUAUGGUAUGCAAACGUUAACGGGAAUAGGUCAUGCUGCCACAUACAACAGUAGCUAUAGCAAAUGUGUUCAAAGUUUGUUUCCAAGCAGGAAAGUUUUGCAAUGUUCAUGAACCACCACGAUCCGCAAGUCAUCUGCAACGCUUUCAAGUUGGAGAGCGGACUCUUCGCCACAUGAAAUGGCGCAUAUUAUAAUGGGUAGACCUGGAUCCAAUGCCCUAUCAUCGUCUAAUUCACAAGCAAAUAACAACCGUUAACUACAGCACGAAUGCCGGUAUUAGCGGGGAGACUGGGGUGGGUUGGCCAUCUUGGAUCCGUAGCACCCAUAUAUCUGUCAGGCGCAUGCGGGGUAGGAAGAACUGGAGCGCCUCACGUGGGUCUAGAACAACGAUGGAUUUUGGUGCAAAGAGCAGCC